CCCAGUAUUUGGGUGUGUGCAACCCCUAGGUGGGGUCCCCAGUUUUUGAAGGACUGGGUUUCUCCGAGUUUCUAAACGGCACGGUGUCUCCCAGCGCACUCAGCUCCCAGCCUCUCCACGAGGGACUGGGUCACCCCUGCUCCCAGACUCUUCCCACUGCCCCCGUCUCCCGCUGAGGAGUGGGGUACCGCCUCCUCCUCUGCCCUGGGCGUGGUGUCGAUUUCUGAAGCUGGAGUUCCAGCCGCUUCCGGCACCCACUGUCCCCAAGGCUGUGCCAGUUGCCUGGUUUUCUGUGGCCGAGACAUAGGCAGUGCCCUUUCUGUCUCACAGAUGAGGAGACUGAGGCUGACGAAGCUUCACCAGCGCCCGGUGUCACCAUCUGGAGCAGGGGGCUUGGCCCCCAGAACGCCCCAGGAGCCCCUUCCCCCGAGUGGCCCACAGGAGAGCGUGAGAAAGGAGGAAGUAAAGCGGAAGAGCGAGCCCCGCCCCUCAGAGGGUGUCAGACGCCAGGAAGCGUGUGGGGCACAGCGAUCACAGGGUCGCCCGGAGCUGGGGGCGCCGAGGGGCAGUGACAGAGUCUCGCAGCUGUCCCCGAGGCUGGGUGGGGCGUCCUGGCCCGCAGACCCAGCCCUCCUCAGCCGCCCUCGCACUUUUUACGGCUUCUGUCCCAACUUGAAAGCCAUUUCCGGGGCAGCCUUCCUGCAUGAACUUUGUUGAAACCCAGGGACACAGGGAGGCUCGGGGGAUCCAGGGCUGAGAUGACAAGGCCUCGAAAGAGGGCCCUGUCUGGUGGGUCGAGAGCUGGUCGCACGCACGAGGGAGAGCAUGGUCCCUCGCCCCUUGACGAGCUGCCUGCUGUGCGGAGGGAAGGACGGCUGGGAGGCCUAGGCCUUGCUGGGAGGUGCAGAGAGCGGGACAGCCCCGGCUGCGACCCCAGCAGACUUCUUUUCCCGGUGGGCCUGGCAGGGCCGAGGCGAGGCUCACCACCCCGGGGCGCCGCUCGUUCCUGCUGAGAGCAAGGAUCGCGCUCGUCCGUCCCGCGCGCCCACCGGGAUGUCUCGGCAGUGGUCGGUGCAGCCAGGCCCGGGCCCCCGGGCGGCCGCGGAGGAGCUGUGGGAGGAAGAAGUGGAGCGGCUGUGCGCCUCGCGGGAGCCGCUGCGGAUGCUGCCCUACUCCAUGGCCGACAAGCGCUUCACCCAGGAACUGAGGGAGCCCGAGGGGGCCAGGCCCUCCUUCUGGCAGCGGUGGCAUCGCAGAGAGAAGGUGGCUCUACAGCACCUGAGGGAAGCAGCCCAGAAGCUGGCCCGCGGCUUCGGGCUCUGGGAGGGAGCGCUCUACGAGAUUGGGGGCCUCUUCGGGACCGGGAUCCAGUCCUACUUUACUUUCCUUCGCUUCCUGCUGCUGCUCAACCUGCUGACGCUACUGAUGACGGCCAGCUUUGUCCUCUUGCCCCUGGUCUGGCUCCACCACCCCGAGCCAGGCCCUGCCCUGAAACUAAGCCUCCAGUGCUCCGGCAGCCACCUGCCCCAGAGUGGCAUUCCAAGGUUCCACAACCCGCUUUGGAAUAUUCUGACUGGCAGGGCCUUCAACAACACCUACCUCUUCUAUGGUGCCUACCGGGCAGGGCCAGAGCGCCGCUCGGCAUACAGCAUCCGCCUGGCCUACCUCCUCAGCCCAAUGGCUUGCCUGCUCCUCUGCUUCUGUGGGGCACUGCGGAGGAUGGUAGAGGCGCUGCCACACCAGCCACUCCUGGGCCAGGGCUACAGGGCGCCCCUUAGUGCCAAAGUCUUCUCCUCCUGGGACUUCUGCAUCCGGGUGUGGGAAGCUGCCACUAUCAAGAAACACGAAAUCAGCAAUGAACUGAAGGUGGAGCUGGAAGAGGGCCGCCGCCUGGAGCUGGCUCAGCAACAGACCCGGGCCCAGAAGGCCUGCCACCUGCUGGCCUACCUACGUACCAAUGUCCUCAUUGUACUCCUAGUGGCUGGAGCCAUCAGCGCCAUCUUCUGGGCCACCAAGUACUCACAGGACAACAAGGAGGAGUCCCUUUUCCUGGUGCUGCAAUACCUGCCCCCUGGAGUCAUUGCCCUAGUCAACUUCCUUGGUCCCCAACUCUUCACAGUCGUGAUCCAGCUGGAGAACUACCCUCCCAGCACCGAGGUCAACCUCACCCUGAUCUGGUGCGUGGUGCUGAAGCUGGCCAGCCUGGGGAUGUUCUCCUUCUCGCUGGGUCAGACUGUGCUGUGCGUAGGCAGAAACAGAACCAGCUGCGAGUCCUACGGCUACAACGCCUGCGAAUACCAGUGCUGGGAGAAUUCGGUGGGUGAAGAGCUGUAUAAACUAAUCAUCUUCAACUCCCUGCUCACCGUGGCCUUCGCCUUCCUGGUCACCCUGCCUCGGAGGCUGUUAGUGGAGCGCUUCUCGGGCUGGUUCUGGACCUGGCUGGACCGGGAGGAGUUCCUGGUGCCCAAGAACGUGCUGGACAUCGUGGCUGCGCAGACUGUCACCUGGAUGGCCCUCUUCUACUGCCCCCUGCUGCCGCUCCUCAACAGCGUCUUCCUCUUUCUCACCUUCUACAUCAAGAAGUACACCCUCCUGAGGAACUCCAGGGCGUCCCCGAGGCUGUUCCGAGCCUCCAGCUCCACCUUCUUCUUCCAACUGGUGCUGCUCCUGGGCUUGCUUCUGGCCGCGGUUCCUCUGGGCUACGUGACCAGCAGCACCCACUCCUCCUGGGACUGCGGCCUCUUCGCCAACUACUCAGCCCCCUGGCAGGUGGUCCCGGAGCUGGUGGCCCUCCAGCUCCCGCCUUCCGGCCAGCGCGCCCUCCGUUACCUCAGCUCCCACGCCUUCAGUUUCCCGCUCCUCAUCCUGCUCAGCCUCGUCCUCACCGUGUGCGUCUCCCAGUCCCGGGCGAAUGCCAGAGCCAUCCACGGGCUACGGAAGCAGCUGGUGUGGCAGGUCCAGGAGAAGUGGCACUUGGUGGACGACCUGUCGCGGCUGCUGCCCGAGCUGAGUCCGGAGCCCGAGUCCCCUCGCUCUCGAGCUUCGCGUCCGCGGUCCUUCUGCCCCGGAUUCCCGUGCCCAGGCUCGCCAGGCCCCAGGACACCCCGGCUAGGAUCCUCCACCAGGCUGAGCUCCUCCAGCCCCGGAACCCCAGGAACCCCAGGGGCCUCGGAUCCCGUCUCCAGAUUUCACUUCCCCAGCCGCACAGAGCGGUAGCACCGAGCUCCCCAAACACACACCCCACCCCACCCGCGGCUCUGCCGCAGCUUCCUCCAGUGCCCCCACCCCUGGCCCUUCCGCCUCCUCACCCUGGUACCAGGAACCACUGCCUACAGGCGGCUCCAGGACCUCAUCCUCAGGUCAGCAGGAAGAACAGGAGAAUUCUACCUCUCUUAUUUUAUCAAAUCCCUUCAAAUGUUUUAUUGAGUGUUUUAUAGUGUGCGCAAUGGUAUGUAUAUUAACUCAUGGAUACAAUGUAUAAAUAUGCAUUUUUUGGAAUCACUCAAA